UCGCCGCUACUUUCCAACUCCUCCUCCUCCUCCUCCUCCUCCUCUGCUUCUCCGUUCCUCACUUCCUCGUCGGCUCCUCAAUUGCAUGGCCAACAUCUUGCCUUUCUCCUCUCCCAUGCCUUCUCUGGCCUUCUCCAUCCUCGUCCCUCUCCUUUUCUCCUUCUCCUCCGCCGCCUCGAUCGGCGACCUCCUUCAGGCCCACGGCCUUCCCGGAGGUCUCCUCCCCAAGACCGUCGAGUCCUUCUCCCACGACCCCUCCUCCGGGCUCCUCGAGGUCCUGAUCGACCACCCUUGCUAUGCACGGUACGAGGGCGGGCUCGCCUUCUUCGACCGCGAGGUACGCGGCAACCUCAGCUACGGCGCGCUCCAGGGAGUCGUCGGGUGGUCGCAGGAGGAGCUCUUCCUGUGGCUACCCGUCAAGGAGAUCUUCGUCGCCGAUUCCGACUCCGGCGUCAUCCUCUUCGACAUCGGCGUCGCCCGCAAGCGGCUCCCUGUGUCUUCGUUUGAAGACCCGCCGGACUGCCUCCCCGGAACGGAAGAUGCGGCGGCAGCCGCGUUAGGACCCCUCGGCAGGAAAGGCUUUUGGCAGCAGAGAUAACGACAACAGUAAUUAAGGAGCAUACAAUAGAAAUUUUCCUCCCUUUCCUUUCCCUUCCCUGAUCUAUCCCCUUCCAAUGAAACUUAUUGUAUGUUGUAAAUGGAAAGUGGAACUGAAUGCUUUUAAAUACUGUUUUAUUGCUGUGUGUUCU